UGGAGCAGCUCCAUUACAGCUCUGCUUCUGACUGUGGGAUCUUGGGCAAGUCCUUGUCCUGUCUGGCUUCAGCUGGCCUUGAUGACCACGAGUGGCCCUUCCAGCUCUUAAGUCCAGUGACCCCAUUUUUCUGAGUCUUUCGAGGAGGCUGCUGGAGAGCCUUAGGGACCCCAGCUUCCCCUGCCCUAAGCCCCCCUGUGAUGCAGACUCCCUUCUCUUUCAGAUGCAUUUCAUCUUCUCAGAUAAGGUGGUGCUUCUGUUUGAUUUCUGGAGCGUCCACAGUCCUGCAGGUAAGAAUGGGAAGCUUUGUAGGUCCAGGCCAUGGAGAACCCACCAGCUUCUAGCUUUCAGCUCAUUACCAGCAUUAACUUGCCUCUCCUUUGUAUCUAGGUGGUUUUCGUGUCACUUUGGACAAUCUCUAAUCCAUGUCGCUCAGGUGGUCAUCAGCUACUUCCUGAUGCUGGCUGUAAUGUCUUAUAACACCUGGAUUUUCCUCGGUGUGGUCCUGGGCUCAGCUGUGGGCUACUACCUAGCCUACCCACUUCUCAGCAUCAAUUAGCCGGCGAGGGCUGUGCAGGCCCUGAGGGCUGCAGAAAGCUGGGGCCCCCUCUUCCAGGCAUUGUACUUCCAGCCCCAAGUCUCUCUCUUCUGAUGACUGUUCCUCACCUCACUCCCAGCUCCUGGGAGCUUUCAGCUGAAGCCAGCACUUGAUCCCUGGAGUUCAGAGGCCAUUGCAGCUACCUCUCCUCAGAGAGACAGCCCAGGCGUAGUCUUGUUGUGCCUCGGAAGGCUGCUGUGACCAGCAGAAUGGAGAGACCACCACCCGGGGGAAGGAUUGUUGAGCCCAUGAUGACUUAACUGUCUGACUCAAAACGUACGAAUUUCCAAAGAUCUUCAGGACCGGGAGAUGGGUUCUGGGUGACGGGCACAGAACCUGGAUACCCUUUGCUUUCCUGAUUUGUGCCUUAUCUAGAGGAGUAUCUUCUAUUGGACUUUCUGACCUCCUCUGUCUUUGGGGGACAGAGACCAAGCUGGCUUUUUUUUCUCACCUUUCUGCCUU